UCCUUCCAGGCCACUUCAGGAGGUCACAAGGCAAGGCUUUCUUUAGUUGCAAUUGUAUACGCAGUCUUCCAUGAAGGGAUAUGCAUGGUUGUGUUACUGGGGCUAUUUCAUUAAAUGUCCGGGGAUUCGUUGACAAAAUUAUUGUUUACAAGAAGUACGUGUAUUCUGAAAAAAUGCGUGGCUGGGUCAAAAACGUAUAGAAGAAAGGAAUAAAGAAGAGGCCUGGGGGUUUGGUAUGCCCUAGAAAUAAAAUCUUAGCCUCGAGCUAUGAAAAACAUCAUCGUCGUCAUAAUAUAAUUGACACGGUCAAACUCUAAGCUAGAUGUUAGCAUUGUUGAUAAAUACUAGUACUUCUGUGAGACAAUAAGGGAAUAAAGAAAAUGUACAAGGAGUUGACAGUGCGGAAGAUGCAAGGAUAAGUCGCAUAAAUGGGUGCCAAAAACACAACUAUCUGUGCAUGUUUAUACAAAAUUGGCGCGUACUUGGUAAAGCUUGCUAACAUAAAAAUCUUCAGAAAUAACAGAGUCAUUCAAAUCUGUGAAAAUUUUUUUUCGUGUCAAGUUUGUUGCACAGCCCCAGUUCUCAAGAACGGUCCCCCUUGCGUGAUCUUGCGUGACUUAGUAGACAAAAGCAUGAUGUCACGUGACGCUGCUGAGAAGGACAUGUGGUUCAACAAGGUUAUCUGGUCUCGAGGAGGGGAGUUUCCAUUCAGUGUUUUAGUCAACAACGGGGGUGUACAUAAGGCAUAGAGAACGUUUGUAGGUGAAACCUAGUGUUGUCAGCGAUUCUGGGCAACUUUAUGUUUAUGAAGAGCGACUUUACGUUAUUCAUAACAACAGACUAAUCGCUCAUAGGCAAAAUGCUUCCGAGUCUCCCCCAAGUCACUGAGUGGACUCUUCCUGUUGGGGUAUCAAUAUACGAUUUGUUUACCUGGCUGGUGCAACAGCUCACCUUUUGUCAGCCAUCUUGGCUAACUGUGGGUUAAUCAAAUAUUUGGUACAAGAUGGCGGUUUCCACGGGGCAACAACAGUUCAUAGUGGAUUAUAUCAAGUGGAGUGACGUGGUCCUGCCACUGGACGUCCUGGUAGAACAGUACCCUUUGCCACAGAUAGUGAAGCUGGCCGACCAGAGUUUGAGCGAGGUGGCAGACAGCACUAUUUUACUGGUGAGCGUGACCAAGUCGAGUUAUGUAGUUGGGCGUAGUCUGGGAGGGAACAACAGAACACUUGUAGGCCCGUGGCUAUCCCUGCCCCUGUCGUACAGCGGCAAAUUCACGUACCUACACGACACGCCUUUGAAGGACCCGCGCUUCGACGGCGUGCCAGGGUUAGCAAAAAGUCUUCCGGACAGAGUCGUGGCGAAACAAUCGGUGUCCGUGCCCAUGUCUCUGGUUAGUUCGAAUGUCUCAGGCGACUCGGACUAUAAUGUCAUAGCUGUGGCUGCUGGAGAUGAACUGGCGUGUCUUGGGGUCGAACACUUGGGCACAAGAACAGUUGCAAGUGAUGCAUCAGCGACAGGAGAUGAGGAUUUCACACCAGGGCGCCUGCUAGCAUGUUUGAAUCAAGGGAACGAGUACGUGACCCUCCCGUUUGACUGUAGAUCACAGUUCGUGGCCAUAGCAGGCGGGGUGACAGGGAAAGGGGAUGAGGACGUAAGUGUCGCAGAAAUCGUCGCAGAAAAUCGCCUUCCCAUGACGGUGUUGCAAACGGAAGGGGACAUUCCAAAGUUUUGCGGAGACACUUUCAGUGGAGUUAUCAGACUCGCCCAUCUAGCUGACAAACAGGACACCAUUCUCUCGUGCUUGCUGCGAAAGGAAAACGGGAAACUCAAGUACGAGUUUCUUGAACUCCCAUUGCAAAGUAAGGUGGGCGUGUUGGCGGCACAUGGCAUGUUGGGAGAUCAGACAGACUACAACAUAGCCGUGACGGAAUGUUGUGACAAACUGAGGGUGAACGCGCUGCAGAAUACCGGGCUGCGGGGGAUCACACGUGUUCUGAGCCGGGACCUCAUAUUCAAGGACAAAUUCAAGCAGAUUGAGGAAGAAACACAGUAUUCAUCUUUCCACGUAGUCGACGAAGACAGGUUGUACGAGACGCUGAAUCCUAGAAAACCGCAGUGGGACAGUACCAUCCCGAGGAGACCCCCUCCCCCACCGCCCAACGGUUCGACGUCACAAGUCGAUGUAGACGACGUGUUGGACGACGAGGGUUACUUGUCGCCGAUCGACCUGCGGCCGCCUCCCCUCCCCCCGCCGCGCCAGGCAAGUCUGACGGGAAACUCACCGACGAGUCCUCGCAGGAUCACCGUCAAGGGUCAGGAGUACGAAUCAGAGUGUGAAAACGGGAAACUCAAGUACGAGUUUCUUGAACUCCCAUUGCAAAGUAAGGUGGGCGUGUUGGCGGCACAUGGCAUGUUGGGAGAUCAGACAGACUACAACAUAGCCGUGACGGAAUGUUGUGACAAACUGAGGGUGAACGCACUGCAGAAUACCGGGCUGCGGGGGAUCACGCGUGUUCUGAGCCGGGACCUCAUAUUCAAGGACAAAUUCAAGCAGAUUGAGGAAGAAACACAGUAUUCAUCUUUCCACGAGGUCGACGAAGACAGGUUGUACGAGACGCUGAAUCCAAGAAAACCGCAGUGGGACAGUACCAUCCCGAGGAGACCCCCUCCCCCACCGCCCAACGGUUCGACGUCACAAGUCGAUGUAGACGACGUGUUGGACGACGAGGGUUACUUGUCUCCGAUCGACCUGCGGCCGCCUCCCCUCCCCCGCCGCGCCAGACCCAAAGUUUGCAAGAUGGCUGCCUCAGCGAACGGUUUUACUUCCUUAUGUGAGGAACUAAAGAGUUUAACUUGGAAAGACGUGGUGAACCUGGACUGUGUUGUACAACAGUACAAACUACCACAGAUUCUGCAAGUCUUGGACGAAAACAGCAUUCCUCAGAGCGUGGACAAGAUCUCAAGAGGCGACUUUCUUCUGCUGCAUUCGCCUUGGAAUGUUCAAAAAGUUGUGUGUCAAUCUGUGGAAGGGGAGGGACACUACGUUGUCGGGAAUCGCCUGGAAAUCCCGUACGGCUACGAGGGAAAAUUCGAGAUUUUCAACCUUUGGGAACAGGACUAUAAGGUCUUCAACUCUGUGGAGGAAGUGGCCCGUGUCUUUCCGACCAGGGUGUUCGCCUUGGAAGAUAUCAACAUCACGAUGGUCGCGGUGGUGAGUGAGAACUCGGACGACCGUGAGUGUUUCAAGAUUGUGAUCAAGGCAGGACAGGAGCUAACCCUCAUGGGGCAGACUGAUCUGUACCUGGAGGAAUGGCCCGAUAGAUCCAAGAUGGGGAUUUUUGGGAAGGGGAAAAUCCCCUGGUGUCCCAAAAUCAGGCCCAAAAUCAAGAAGACGCCAUGCCUGAUCUGCAUGCACCACACGCAAGCCGAGAGCGUCAAGCUUCCGUACCCGUGCAAGGGGCGCUUUUCCACAGCCAGCCCGGCGGAAAUUCGCCAGUACGAGGGCGCCCAUACGGUCCAAGAGAUAGCCGACAACGUCCGCUUGCCGGUCAGUGUGAAGCUAGUUCAGCCCCCUCGCAUCCAAUGCUCUCUGAAGUUUUUACAGAAGGAGGAAGGCCAAGAUGUCAUAGCUAGCGUGUGGACUGAAGGAGGAGCAAGGAAGCUGUUCCAGAUAGACGCCAGACUGAAACCUGUGUUCAGGAUAGCUGAUCAGGCAAAACAGAAGACAGAGCAGUACCAAACUUUGUUGCGAGAAUGCAUGCAGCUGUGGACAGAUCAUGAUGUGGAUGCGUACUUCCGAGCAAUCAGAAUCCAUCGCUCGAGAAAGCAGAGGAACUCAAGAGACUUGAGCAACCAGGGUAGCGUAGAUCGUGAAGAAUGCCCAGUACCGCCUCCACGACGUACGAGUAGGCACAUAGGAAGGCCCCAGGUGGAAGAGUCGCCCAGAUCUAAAGUUUUGAGCAAGGCCCUGCCUCCCACUCCAACAGAGGAGGGGCCCAGCAGGCAAGCCCACCCUGAUGGGAAUGAGAUCCCCUAUGACUUCCUGUGGCCAGGUACGGGGAGGAUAGACACGUCCAACAGGGACAGCGGUGGGAGCUCAGAGGAACACCCACAGCACGUGGACCGUAAGGAGUUGGACAAUGCCUUGCACGGAACGGCCGACGAAGAGCCUUCGGACUUUGAAUAUCUGGAGGACUGGGAGGACUGGUCAGAGAUGGAUAACAGGCAUCGCAAUGGUGAAGGGAACAACAACAAGGCUGUGGGAAACUCACGGUUCUCCAACAGAGAAAGAUACCGCAAUGACAGAGGUGUGACGGAAAGCAACACUGUUAAUUCACUGGUCAGCAGUGACGAGAGUCAGGCAUACGAACUCCUUGUAGACAUUGGGAAGAGCAAGUCCCUUCCUUGGGACACUAAGCCAACAUCUCCAUCUAAUGCUGAUGUGGGGGACAUUCCCCCCUCGCCCGCCGAGGAACCCCACAGCAACCCCCCGCCCCUCCCACUGAGCCCCCGCCCCUCCAUGACCAGUCUGAGUGACAGCCAGAAGUCAGGUCAAACAUCGCCUCAGCAGGACAGGUCACCUGUAGAGGGACCCCCAGUCCUCCCGCGGGGAAUGCCCCCUACUCACAGUUCUGUUUCCAGCUUGAGCGACAGCGACCCCCCUCCCCUGCCUCCACCGCGCCUCCCCCCUCGUCCCAUGCCAAGCCGGGGGAAGUCCGAGAACAGGUCGGAGAGUCCGUCGGACUUUGAAGACCUUGACAGUCUUAGCAUAGAUGGAUCUCAAGAGAGUGACAGCGACAAACGGUCACCGAGGGUGAACAGUAGCCCGUUCGUGACGGAUCCCGACUGGAUCCCGCCGGAUAACCUGUCCCACCUGACUGUCCAGGAGGUGUCGCAGUGCCUUCGCUACAUCGGGACUCCGGACAACGUCGUGCAGCAGUUCUUUCGGGAGAGGAUAGAUGGCCAGAUGCUCAUCCAGUUAGACAGAGACAUUCUCAGCCAGGAAUUCAGGCUUAGUGGCCUGCAAACUAAGAAAAUCUCUGAGUUCAUCAAUGGCUGGAGACCCAGGCUAUAGGUAGGACAGUUGCUAUUGGGGAGGAGCUUAUACUAGGUGAGUGACAGGCACAUUGUACAACAUUUGCAGCAUAAACCUUUGACCAAGGUGUGUUUGAACUUUGAAAUGUGGCAAAUAAUAAAGUUCUGUCCUUCAUUUCUUUGGUCAGAUUUGCCAUGUUUCCUACAAGAUACAUUCAAAUUUCAGGAAUGGAUAAGGGCAAAAAAAUUCAAUUGCCUUUCCUUGUUCUCUAUGUUUUGACAAAAUCAAGACCACACCAAUUGUAAUUUCAAACGUUCUAAGUUAUGGUUGAAUUGACUUGAAUUUUUAAAAGUUAAAUUACUAACGUUGAAGAUCCAAAGUGUCCUACAUCAGUCUCAAUAACUUUCUCAGUGUGCACAUACAGGACUUGAAAUACUGCUGCAGUGCAUAUACACUUCAAUUUCAAUGCCUGACAUGUAUAAUGUGUCUAGUCUACUAUACCUUUAGAAAUUGCAAUGUCUCUUGCCAAUCAGUUUUGACAGCAGAAGUUGUUGUGUUGUUCUGCCCACGAUCCAAACAUGCAUAUUGCUUAAUUACAAAAACAGGAAGCGUAUGAAUUUGUAAUGGCCUCUGAGUUUUGCUCAGUCACUCACUUAUUACUCUCCUAGCAGAAGUUGUUGGGGAAAAUUGUGCCCUUGUUGUUUGCCCAAUUUUUGUCCACUGUUUGUCAGUAAAAAUUAAAAUGUAAAAUUGAUUAGUUAGGGUAGACAAAAAUGGCGCUUAUGAUAAGAUUCUGACAAUUUUCCCCAACAAUCUCUGCUUGGAGAGGAUGGCUGCUGUGCUUGACAGACUACAGCUGUAGUUGUAUCACAAACCUGGCCUUGGAAGCAAAGAAAAGUGGAAAGACAUGUGCAAGCCCAGAGGGCAAAGGAAGUGCUUAUUUUUGUUUUCUGACUUCCCUGCCCUUCCCCCUGGCCAGGUUUGUGUGACAACUGCAGCUGCUGAAGAUGAUAUGACCACCAGGUCCAGAUUACUCGAUCCCACAGCACCUUGGCAGAACAAUAUUACUUGGCCUGCUUGCGCGAAACACGGAUUUUUGACAGUUUUCAUUGGAUGUUUGCUCAACAUCAAAAUUUUUUGUUGCAGGCAAUGUUUUUUUUAUACAAUACUGAAAACUGGCAGGACGUCAUCCUUAAAUACUCAAACAUGACCUUAAAUGAGACAAAGUGCCAUCACAAUAUAUUAUGGGUUUUGCACAGGUGCAGCACGUUCUGCCGAUGUGCCUGAUGAUAGUAGACCCCAGAUACAGUACACUAUAUACAAAUAUGACUUUAACUUGAAGUUUCUGGUUCUCAAACUAUUCAGGUGAUACAAGAGCCAAUAAUGUAAAAAAAAUGACAUUAAUAAUUAUUUCAAAGAUAAAUGACAAUCUUAACAAAUUGCUCUUUGUAUUACAGGUAAAUUGAUAUAUACAUGAAGCAAUGGCAUAAUGACUCUCAGGCCAACUCAGUUCAUGUACUGGUUAUCAUCAGAAUUGAUUCUUCAGAAACUGGAAAGGCAAAAGUCCCAGAACCAGCCAGUUGAACAGUGCAGCCUUCAUUUGGCUUUGUUACCAAAGUACCAAAGUUACAUAUCUCAACUAAGUCUAAAGAAACCACUGUGAAAGCAAUGUAAACUUGGAUCAAAUUAGAAGUCGAUAUGGAUACAGAUAAAGUAUUCACCAUUUGUUGUGAAAUAAUGUCACACAAAUAUCAUGAUAUGUAUGUAAUGAAUAUCACAACUCACAAAUGUAAAAUAAACUUUUGAUAUUUUAUGACAUGCUUUUGUAGCUGUAGUUUGCAAGCUUCAAACAAAAAGGUCAUGGGAAAAUCAACUGGGAGUGUACUUGUUGAAAAUGUAAAGCAAAUUUGGGUAUACAGUUUUAUUUGCAAAGACAGAUCAAUAGUUAAACUUAUAGCAGUAAUUUUAAUACUAAGUGCUUUAUCAUCAAUUUAUAUUCGCCUGGAAUAGUUGUAUUUUGUACAUUCAUUUUAAUUUAUAACCAGAUUAUGGCUGGCAUUACCUUCAUUCUGUAAACUUAAUGUAUACUACAUGUAUAUUAUUUCUUAGGCUAGCUAUGAAACUACUACUACUAGUACUAGUACUAGUAGAUAAUUACUAGUAGUUACUGAAAUGUCAUGCAAUCUUGUCUCUAAUGUGCUAUCACAUGAUGAUUUCUAUAGGGCAUUGAAUCAUGUUAUUAAGUAUUUUUAUUAUCUUUCUGAACUCUUGUAGUUAUGUCUAGUCUAUAUCAGGUAACUCUCAUACCACUGUAAAAUGUAGAAUCAAAGCUAUGCUCAGAAAUUUUAGAUAUAUGAUUCUUUUAACAGUUAAAACUGUAAACAGUAAGCAAUAGAAUAAUCUUGAGUGGCCAUGAUCAUUGAUAACUACUACAUGUUUGUAGUGCUCAGUUCUGUACAGAACGAAUAUCAUGGGUGUGGUAGUAAACUGGUUGUAGCAGUUUCACUUAAGGAACUGCUGACCAUGUGGUGUUACAUUUUGACUGUAAUUGAGUGGGCAAGCAAGAUUUCAGAACAGAACAGAACAGAACAGACACAGCUUUUCCCGUGUACACAUGUACAUGUACCUUCAUUGGGACAGGAUGUUUUUUAAUGAUUUUGCAAACCUCAGUCAUUAUUGAUGCAUUUGGUAAGACACAUGCCAUGGUUAACAAAAGUUCCACGAGUUCAUACCUUUGCUAGAUGAUGCUUUAAGACUGACGAAUUGUAAAGAAGAUGGAUGAACUGGUAUUGGUUCUGCUGCACAAAUUCUAAGCCAUGCCAGACCAGCUUUUUACUCCAUUUGAAGUUGGUUUACAAAAGCAAAGGCUGUUUUAGUUUCUAUAUAUUUUGUGUACACAGAGACAAUGGUCUGUAUUAACAUUCUUGUAAUACCACGAAAAUAUGUAUAAUUUACCAAUGUAAACAAGCCCAGACUAACCAGAUAUGUAUGGAAUGGCAGACAUUUGAAUGUCAACUUCAAAAUGAUAUUUGACAAAACAGGCUUGGACUGGUAUGUAACACAUUGAUUUAUGUGCCAAAUUUGUGCCACUGUAACUAAUUUUAGAUAUUUUCAAAUCACCAAAUCUUGAAAAAGGCGAACUGGCAAUAAUGUAAAUAUAAUAAUGGAUCUCGACAUAUUAUACUUUCAGGUGUUCAGGUCAGUCUAGGUAUUCAUGUGACAGAUUAUGAUAUAUAUACAGUAAUACUAGUAUAUUAUACCUGUACAGCAAUGGAACCAAAUUGUUCACAUUGUAUGAAAUGCACAGCCUUUGUGAAUCAAUGCUAAUUCAAUUAAUAAUUGAUGUAGACAGUUGGCAAAUCGUAUGUGUGCCAUGGGUGAAAUGGUUUUAAAAUAGACUCAUUUUCUGUAAGUGUUGUUUGCAGUAUGCUAGUUUGGCACAGUUUAAAUGUCAAUUGUUUGUUGCUAUUCACAAUUGUCUGCCAUUACAUACACAUUAUUAUUCUGAUAUUAUUAUCAGACAGAUGUUUGAAACACAUAUAGCAGAGUGUAAUUGGUACUAAGACUGGUAAGUGGAUUUUUAUCAGAUACACAUGUAUCAGCAGAUGAAAAUAUCUGUAUCAUUUCAUUACAAAAUGCAAUACAUGAUAUGAUGUACAUCCUUCAGUGAGAGCUGUUGGUCAUUCAUUAUAAACUUUUUCCUCUUAUUGAAUUAGAUUGUUGCACAAUGAUACAUUUAGAAUUGGUAUCAAUUCGUUCAGUCUACUACUCGUGGUUCGAUAUACCGGUACCCACUUUUGCACUCUGACGCCGUGCAAGUCAUGUUUUCUGUACAAGUCUUAUUGGAGUUGCCAGGUUGCCCAACGCGCAAAUUAUCUCUUUAUUUUUUGCAUAUACUAAACUAAAGAUUUCAGCAGCCCAUCUUAUGUGUCCUGCCUCGCCAGCAUGUGAGUAUCCCAUUACAGGUGGCCGGAAUAACAUCUUGCUUAAGUUUAUAAAAUAAACAGCUGGUGUUGACUGAAAUAUUGAUGGGCAGCCUAGUAUUUUGAACCCAGCAAUUACUUCACAUGUCUUCUGCCCAGGUUUGAAAGUAUUACACUAGUACUGCAGUGAAGGUGAAUGCCACCAAUAUGUCAAUAUAUGGGUAACCCUCCCCCCAGUACAUGAUAUACGCAGGUACAGCCCCCUUCCCGAUACAUACUGUACAGCCUUCUCACAAUGUAGCUCUCCCCCCAAAAAAGGAACCACUGCAAAUUAGCACUCAUAGAUAGAAGCAUUUUAAAAAUGCCAGCCAAACAUGAUAGGUCACUAGUACUGGUGCAUGGUGCAGAGACAUGCCACAUGGAAUCUGACUUGAUUUUGGCAUGAAAAUAAUAAAGAUAACAGAGUGAUCAAGCAGGCAAUUAGAUUUUGUGUGCAGCAUGAGAUCACUCUCUUUUUGAUUGUCCAUUAUGAUUGUAAGAUAAAGCUUGGAAGAUAAUUUCAUAAACAUUGUUUAAUUAUUAAUAACAAUCAUGGUGGAAGUAUUUCAUAAUUGUUUACUGUCCAAUGUUUGUGUUCAAAGUGCAAUGUUGGAACAUUGAUGUCAGCUAUUCUCCAUAGUUUUCACCACUACAUACCAGGGACCUGUAAAUUAUUACUAGUGCAGGAGACCGAUAAGCAGACUUAUUGCCUUCUCCAAAGAAGGUUAUGUUUUCAGUAGCAUUUGCAUGUGUGUGUCUUGAUAUUUGGUAUGUGUGUAGGUCUUAAUGAGACAUCAAAAAAUUGGCCCUAGUGACCUUCCCCAGUACUGUAGUCUAAUUUUCUAAAUGAAUUUACAAUACGUUAGUCUUAUUGACAUUUGUCAGUUGAGAGAUAUGAGGUCGUGGAACUCUAGCUGGUUACACUCUAGUUCGGUCCACUGAAGCAUGUUAGCACCAGACCCAGACAUUGAUAGUACUGGUGGGCCAGAGGACCCAAAGUUUCUCAAUCAGGGUCUGCAUGCCUUUUCCCAUGAUGUGUAGCGGGCAUUUUUUAUCCACAGAAGACCGCCUUUUAUUCAGUGUUAAGCAUUGAUGAAAAUUCUAUAUAUUACUGGUAAUCAUACGGAGGCUUGUCAAUUUGUAUAAAGGAAAUGAUACAAAGAUAUAUAAACCAGUAAUACAUACAUCUUUUAAGUUCUUCAUAUACAUAUCACACAUACUAGUAAUCAAUGCCAAAAAAUGUAGACAUUCCUAUAUUCUAAUUAAAAAAUUCAAAUCCAAAAAACUUUGUAGCUACAUUUUGUCAUAUAGAUAGAGGGGUAACAUUUACAAAGUACUAGCUGAGACUAGUUGUGUUUUUGAUUGCUGUACUAAAAUUCUUCUGAAAAUGUAAGGUUAUAUGUAUGCUGUGUGGAAUAUUAAGAAUACUGUAUGCAUGGCAAUCAUGGGUUCAAUUCUAUGUACAUGUAGUUCUGUUGGCUUUUGGAAGAUGGCGCUUCUGUACACAGGACAAGAACAGCAAUAUGGAAAACAAUGUUAAUGAGGUUCCUUUUUGAUAACAUUGCUAUACAGAAAUACAACAAAUACAAAAACAUAAUCCUACAAUGACAGAACUGACCCUAAGAGAGUGAUAAAUA